CAGGUGGACACUCCCUUUCCCCCAGCAGAGGGAGAAAGAUGGCGCCCACACACGUACUGAGAUGCUGUCAACGGGGUUUAGCAUGGAUACCUGUGAUUUUCAUCGCGCUGGUCGUCUGCUGGUCGUAUUACGCUUAUGUGGUGGAGCUUUGUAUAUUCACCAUCCCCAGUAUAGGAGAGCAGAUUGUCUACCUGAUCUUCUUCCACCUCUCUUUCAUCAUGUUUGUAUGGUCUUACUGGAAGACCAUCUUCACCAAGCCCGCCAGCCCCUCCAAAGAGUUCUGCCUGCCCAAGGCUGAGAAGGAGCGUUAUGAGAAGGAAGAGAGGCCAGAGUCCCAGCAAGAAAUCCUGUGGAGAGCCGCCACCAGUCUGCCUCUGUACACUCGCACAGGAGCUGGAGCAAUCCGUUACUGUGACCGCUGUCAAGUUAUCAAGCCAGACCGGUGUCAUCACUGCUCUGCAUGUGACAUGUGCGUGCUAAAGAUGGACCACCAUUGUCCCUGGGUGAACAACUGUGUGGGAUUCUCCAACUACAAGUUUUUCAUCCUCUUCCUGGCCUACUCACUGGUCUACUGUUUGUUCAUUGCGGCCACCGUGCUGCAAUAUUUCAUAAAGUUCUGGACACUUUGCCGGAGGAAAUCGGCAGAGAACUGCCCAAAGAACGAGCUGCCAGACAAUCAUGCCAAAUUCCAUGUCUUGUUUCUAUUUUUUGUGGCGGCCAUGUUCUGCAUCAGUAUUCUGUCCCUUUUCAGCUACCACCUGUGGCUUGUAGGGAAGAACAGGUCCACUAUAGAGGCAUUCAGAGCGCCGGUCUUCAGGACAGGCUCCGAUAAGAACGGCUUCUCUCUGGGUUUCCGUAAGAAUAUCACUCAGGUGUUUGGAGACCAAGAGAAGUACUGGCUGCUGCCUGUCUUCACCAGUCAGGGAGAUGGUCUGACGUUCCCGACACGGCUGGUCAAUGUUGACCCAGAGCAGGCCACAGUGACCCUGAAUCCAGAGCCCAAUAAAAGUGCUGCCGACGUCCCAGCGAGCCCGCUCAGCGAGUCACAGAACCACCUCCUGAGCAACGACCAGCGUGCCAACAACAUCGGAGACCAUCCGGCUAAUAACACCCUCAAAUCAGCUGGAAGUGAAACCAUUACAAUCUCCAUGGAGAGCGAGUCUUAACCAGGUGAACAAAAGCGAAGCCCAAUUCUGACCUGAUGAUCCGUGAGAAACUCCUCAGUCAUCUAAUAUGAUGCCUUAAGCAACGCAACAGUUUAGUUCGUCACCAUGGAAACAGUCUCCCAGUGCAACCCCAUCCCCACAGAUCCAUUCAGAGUAACUAUGGAAAUGCAUUCCUUUUGCCCGUCACCGUACAGCAACGCAUCUACGGCAUUGGCAUUUUUCGCAUGCAGUGUCAUUAGCAAAUCUCACACAUGCCCCUAUAGGACAUGUCACACAAGCUUGUUCCCUCUCACACCAACACACACACACACACACUCACACUCAGACACAAGCUAACAGUCGCACAUUCAACUGUAUACUUUUUUUUUUUUUUCUUUUUCUCACAACCAGAGCAUUUAUUAAAAAUGAAGGACAACAUCCAAGCAUCUUGGAGGGAAUAGGAGCUACUUUUGGUGUUUUUUUUUAAUGAGUAAACUUUUAUUUGUGCCAAAAGCUUCCUGGGUGCACCAGGACUCAUUAGGAUAGGCACAAAGCUGCAGUGAAGAGCAGGGGCACAAGCUGGAGCAGUACGUUUGUCUUUGAACAUUUCUCUCUCGUGGUUUUAUAGAAAGGCAAGCAGUACAUCCCGCGGAGAUGGCCUUAUUUUUGUUUGUUUUUUUGUUUUUUAACAUCAUGUCGGAGCGCAUGUACGGCCUGCACCUUUUUUUUUCUUUUUCUUUUUUUUUUGAAUACACCCAGGCUGUAUUGCAGAGGACUCUAUUGCAUGGCUCAGUGGACUGAACCAGUGCAAAACAGGGAAGACUGUAGCUUGGGGUUUGGAUGGCAUUUUGGAUAUCAGAGCACAAGGUGGCGCAUUUGCACUUUGUAGAUUAUCAAUGUCCAUCAAACAAGGUGCUGCUUUUUAUCAUGUCCAAAAAGCAUCCCAGGUAUAAUGGAUAUUGGAGGAUCAUGUGAUUUAUGGUGUGGUGUAGUGUGCGUGUGUGUGUGCGAGCGUGCGUGCGUGUGUGUGUGAAUAUAUGUAACAGUUGAAGUGGCAGGGUUUUUUUUAAAACAGCUAACAAACUAAAAUAAUCAGCUUUAUGUGUUUUUGUGGCCAACUUGUGUUAAAACAUGCUGCUUAUAUUCUGACAGUUUGACCUGGGAGAUGCAUUUCACACAGUGCAAUAUGCAGUAUCCUUCACUACCUGAUCAGUGAUUAUUCUUAGUAUUUCCAUCAGCCCAGUGUCUACAGCCUGUUUUUUUGUUGUUGUUGUUUUUUUUCCUACAGCUCAGCGCUUCAACCUUUUACUAAAGUCACCAACAUUCAUUGCCAAAUAAGGGCUGACCUGUCAGGAGCUCUGACCUCUGAACCUGAAGUGUUUACAACAUCCUAGCUUUAUCUUAACCUCACUGGCCAAUGUCAUCAUAACCAAAUUAUAUUUACCAGUCGUUCAGGCGCAAUAUUUUAUACAAGGUUUAUCUGUCCUUCCUGCCUGUAGUGGGUCACGAUGUCCUUGAGAUGCCAGUGCUGGUCCAGCAGGUGGCGACAAGGCUCCUGUCAUCUGCCCUCAUUGAGAUGCAGAGUUUUCCGGCUCAGGGCUCAAUUCACUUUCAGUCUGAUUUGCAGGUGCGGUUUUCUUCAGAAUUAAAUAUUUUUCAUAACAAGUAAUUAAUAUGCAUUAUUUUCCUGUAAUAACUCCAAAAACCAUAAUUCAUUUGAAAAGAAAGUGAAUUGAACCCAACUGAUCUUCAGUUUAAAAAAAAAAAAAAAAGUAAAAAAAUUUUAAAAAAAAUUUAAAAAUAGAGGUGUUGAAUUCAGCUUCUGCUCACCUUGUCUACGCUAUACAUGUAUGUGUUUGGAAAUCGGCUCAGUGUUGUGACCUCCAACUGUUAAAGGAGCCUUAAGUGAAUUGUCUUAUGUCCGUGCUGAACAUUUGGGAUAUGAUAGUGACUCAGAGGGUCUGACGAAGUGUCUGAACAAUUCUGAAUGCACCAGAGAAACAAUUAUUCGUGAUUAUAACCAACCAAAUAUGACCAGUUCAGGAAUGAGUUACAUAAUCUCCUAUGAAUUUUGUUAGUGAUAUGCAACUUUCUGACUCACAUUGGAGGGAGACGGACCUAAUUCCACAAAAAAAUCCUGAUGUCUCUCUGAUCACAUCCCUGCGACUGUUGCUGGAUGAGUCUCUUAUUAAACUAUAUCCCAGACGACUCUGGUGAUGUACAAGUUUACAGCUGUUUCUAUUGUACAGAGUGAGUAGUGGUGUUGUUGUACGGUGUAUUUCUCAGUAAUCGUUGUCACAGUUGUGCUGAAUGUACACAGACGGGACAGUGAGGACGUUUCGGUGUAACGAUGAAGCGGACUUUUGCGUUUACGUUUUAUCCUUCCGAUCAUGUUUAACCUUUUUGAGCCCAAGUGUAUUUAUAAUUACUCUGUACAAACCAGUGAUUGGAGGAUAUUUGUUAAUGUAUGGAGUAAGCUCAUGAUGGGCUCAGCGUCAGAGUCACACUGUGGUUUGAUCUCAAAGCAACAGAUGAAAUUACUGUCAGAUCUUUUCUAAACCUCACAUUUCAACAUUUAAUAAAAUGAAAAAAAAAAAGAUAUAUAUUCUAUACCAUCUAUAAGGAGCCUGGCUCGUUCUGCUCAUUACUUCUGGCCACUGAUUCUGAAACAUUGGACCUGUCUUGUUUUAUAAAUUGCCUCUAUUCUCUCUCUCUCUCUCUCUCUCUGGGCUGUUUGGCCUCGAGACUAAAGUGCGCGUGUGUAUUUUGUAAUGCUUAACUGAGUGUUUUUUUUGUAAUAUUGUCGUCUUGGGAGAAAUGCUUCUGUGCAGCCAUGAUAUUUUUUACAUGUGUGUACACACAUAACGUCUGACUAAUGCUCAAAAGCAUGGCACCUAACCACUGUAAACAUGUUUUACCAUGAUGACAGGGAUUAUGGUGUUAAAACAGACAUUGGGGGUUUUUCAAAUAUAGAAGUAUAGCUAGGUGUAUCAUGUUCUCAAUUUGCUUUACUCUGGUCUGUCUCAACUUUAUAAAUGAAGCCAUAAAAACUACAGUGAAAACGGAGGAAGGAUCUGAAAAAUUGUCUAAUUUCUUUCUUUUUUUAAAGACUUACAGAAUAUUUUACAUCUGUUUUCACAAUGCAGAUGUAGCCUAUCAUAACUUGCUUAUUGCUACCUUUUGGUUUGUUUUUUGUUACAAUGUCCUAUUUUACAAUGUGUGUGUAUAUAUAUAUAUAUAUUGAUAAUGUAAGAAAAAGACUACAUAUAUAUUUUUCUUGUCUGAUUAAUUUUACUGUUCCUAUUUUGUGAAUGAAGUACACGCCUCUACACAAUUAACGUAAAAAAAAAAUAACAAUAAAUGUUUUUUUUU